CGACGAUCCGAUUUUUGGGCUGCGCUUCAACACGUUCAUGAUGUUUACGCGAUUUGUCGCCUUUUCACUCGCUCUGCUUUCUGCCUCCCGAUCCACGGUCCAAGCGCAAUGCCAGCCAGAAAAUCCAGUCGGGGGCUCGUUCACUGAGCCUCCACCCUGCGGAGGAAGCCCGGGACCAGCUACAUAUAAGGAUAAUCGCGUUAUGGAUUUGGGCAGUGUUCAAGGGAUUUCGUGGACAACGAAUUUGACCGUGUCUGAUUUCUUCAAUUUGACGCUAUGGCAACAAAAUGGGGGCGGAGGUGCGACUGUGAGCACUACGCCGUUAUAUAUUCAUAAUGAGAAUGAUCCUCUUCUUGAAUCAAUGGAUUGGGUUGUGCAAGCUUACGAGCUAAAUCUGGAUCGAUCGAAUGUGUUUUACUUGGAGAUGGGUUGGGAAGGACCCCGGUUUUUCUCGCAUUAUUUCAAUGUUUCGAGAUCUGUGGCUACUAGCAGUUUGUCAAGUUCCGCCUCAACGAGCCCCUCGAGUUCCGCCGCUACAACCCAGCCUUCAGCAACAACUUCUUCGAUGGCGUUGUCUGAGAACGGAUCUAAAGGCGGGCUAUCUCAAGAUGCAAAGAUAGGCCUUGGGGUGGGAAUUGGUCUGGGUGUUCCCACUAUCCUGUUGUUGGGUAUUAUUGCAGGUGCUUUAGUAUCUAAAACGCGCAAGAGCCAGGCACAUUCAGCGCACAAACCCUCUGGAGAGAUGAAACUUGCCGACCAAAUCAAAGACUCUUACACAAUCACAAUGCACAGCGGUGGGCCCCAAGAGAUAGCACCGUUGGCGGAGUUGGCGGUUCCGAAUAGCCCCCGCGAACUGGAAACGUGAAUGGCG